AUGAGCUCCGCUAGAGCCGUUUAUGAUUCCGAUAGGACUCAACCCUUCAAAGUUAAUCCUUCACCCUUCCCCACCUAUUUUUUUAGUCACGGAGGUCCAAACUUCAUCUAUGAUGAUCACAAAGGUGCAUGGAAGACAGUUAAGAAGUUAGGCACUAACAUUAAGAACAAUUGGAAACCAGAUUAUGUGUUAGUUGUAUCUGCUCAUUGGCAAUCAACAGGUAGAAACUUGAUUGAAAUUUCCACUCCUCCUCCAACAAAAAAUACCAUUGAGAACCCUUUGAUCUAUGAUUUCUAUGGGUUCCCCAGUCAUAUGUAUAGAGAGGAGUUUCAUACAAAGAAUGAUGCAUUUGUGGCUCAAAGUGUUAAAGAUCACUUGAUUAAAAAUGGGUUCAACUCUACUUUAUCAAAUAGAGGUAUUGAUCAUGGGCUAUGGUGUCCAUUAAAAGUUGCCUUUACUGACUAUACUACUUUGAAAUCGGGGCAUCCACCUGCUGAAGGAGAAUUUGAUGUCGAUUUCCCUGUUAUUCAAGUAUCUUUAACCGGCUCUGAUUCUGAUUUCGAUAACCACUACAAGUUAGGUAAGGCAUUGAACCAAUUUAGAGAAAACUUGAUAUGGGAUCCAACAAAGAAAAGAUACUUAAAAGGUGCUUUGAUCAUGUCAGGAAUGUCAGUUCACAACUUGAGAGACUUGGGAUGGAUGUUUGCUAAUCCAGGUAAAAGCUUGCCAUAUACUAGUAAAUUCAAUACAUUAUUGACCAACACCUUGACUACUUCUCAACAUUUGUUGGAGUCACUAAAUGAUAUCAAGAAAGACAACAGACUUUUAUUACAUAGUGCUCAUCCCACGUUAGAGCAUUUCUUGCCUAUUGUUGUUGGUGCUGGUACAGUUGAUGAUUCUAAGGCUAUUAAGGAAUUGUAUAAUGAAAACGAUGGUUCAUUAGGUUGGGGUAUUUAUCAAUUUGGUAGUGAUUACACAACAUCAACCAGUCAAAGACAAUAA